UUGACCAACAGUUCAGUCACAUUUUACCUACUGAAAGAUUUGCAACAAUGUUCAACCGUCAAGCAAAGAAAAAUCGAAUCGCUCCUGAAAAAGUUGAAGGAGAUAAGAGCAGACAGCGCUCCAAUGAGAGAGUCACCGUCUCAGAAGCGCCUGCCGCCAAGACCUCUGCGGAUAACUGCGACGGGAGGUGGUACAGAAAGUUCUGUCAACCCCUAAGCAAAGUUAAAAGUCUGUCAGUGACUGUGAAUAGAGUCAUCUUCUCAGGUGGUCCAGCAACAACCACAGCGCCACCUGAGGAGGACAAGCAGAGUACAAAGAAGAAAACAUCUUUCUGGGGACUGUUUAACUGCUGCAGGAGAAGACAUCGUGUGGCUCCAGUAACUCACGAUGAAGCUGAGCAGAAACAUAACAGCAGUUCUAUACAAAAUGACCAAGUGGUGGAGUUUAAAGGGCUCAGCGAUGAAGAGGAGGCCGCACUGGACGAAGCCAACGAAGAGAACAGGAAAGCAGCUGCCACAGUGCCUAAGCACGCUGUUUUUUCCUCCUUACUCGAAGACGCAGUAGAAAAGAUCAUUUGCAAGAGACACGGUGCAGUCAAUCAACAGAGCCUCACGGUUCUUCAUCCCUCCCGGCUUGGGUUUCCGAACCACUUCCAAACCUGCUAUAUGAACUCCAGCCUCCAGAGCCUAAUCACACUCACAGAGUUCAUCACCGAUAUCUAUAGCCACGAGGAUUUGUGGAAUCAUAUUCCUGUUGAGACUGAGCUGAUAAGACUUUUUGUAAACAUUGUAAGAUGUCACGGCUCCGAAGAUGGUCAGUACAAACUCUGGGCCCUCGAUAUGUUCAAGAAGGUCCUCUCUGUCCAGGCUCCUCAAUUUGCUGACAACUGCCAGAAAGAUGCCCAUGAGUUUUUAACAGCGUUCUUAAAUCAGAUGAGGAGUCUGGCUUCACCAUUGCAGAAGGUUGCAGCAUUCAUUGGGAGAAGCUAUAGCUGCCCUGUGGACAGAAACCUGGUGUUCAAAAUGAAAAACACCAGGACAUGCAAAAGCUGUGAUGCUCAAUCCAUCAGAGAGGAGGAGUUCACCAACCUCUCUUUGGAUCUGGUUCCUGGUGGUUCAGUACAGCAGAUGCUCAAGGAAUACCAGAUGGAGACAGAGUUGAAAUAUAAUUGUGAGUGUGGCUGCAACACAUCACUCCAGCGUUCCACCUUUCUAACCCUGCCCAGAUUCCUGAUUAUACACCUGAAGAGGUUCAGUUUCACUCCGUCGCUGCAGGUGGUGAAGCUGCAUGACCCCGUAGUGCUUUUCAAGGAGCUGAUGGUGACUACCAGCCAGGCUGAUGGCUUGUACAACCUGGUUAGUGUCAUCAGCCAUUUAGGCUAUGACGGGAACAAUGGACACUACAUCAGCGAGGGCGUGCACCCGGAGCAGGAGCUGUAUGUGGCAGAUGACCAAUGGCUCCACUAUAAUGAUGCCAAGGUUGUGGAGACAACUGGUGCUGCCGUUUGUAAGCGGGAUCAACAAACAGCCUACAUCGUUUUCUACCAAAGAUCGAUAUAGGCCGGUCUGGCAAUGGUGGGACCUACUGAUGACGUACUCCCAGGAUCAAACCAACAAAGACUGCACUUAAACAAACACUUGAACUGUCAGGAUCCUAGAUGAGUAGCCAUGGAGACUUCACAGACAUGCCUAUUAAGUCCCUCCCUGUUGCUGUGCUGCAGCAGGUUGGGAUAAACCACCAGCUCACCCUGUCUCCUGGAGCAGCAGUAGGUUCCCCCAGCCCUGCCUGUCUUUUGGCCAAAUCAGAACUCAUCUCCCACGUACAUCAUUGUCAAACUACAUGUGAUAUGUAGCCUACCAUUAUGACAUUGAGAUGAGUUGGUCAGAACUCAUCUCCCACGUACAUCAAUGUCAAACUGCAUGUGAUAUGUAGCCUACCAUUAUGACAUUGAGAUGAGUUGGUCAGAACUCAUCUCCCACGUACAUCAAUGUCAAACUGCAUGUGAUAUGUAGCCUACCAUUAUGACAUGGAGAUGAGUUGGUCAGAACUCAUCUCCCACAUACAUCAAUGUCAAACUGCAUGUGAUAUGUACCAUUAUGACAUGGAGAUGAGUGUGUCAGAACUCAUCUCCCACAUACAUCAAUGUCAAACUGCAUGUGAUAUGUACCAUUAUGACAUGGAGAUGAGUUGGUCAGAACUCAUUUCCCACAUACAUCAAUGUUAAACUGCAUGUGAUAUGUAGCCUACCAUUAUGACAUGGAGAUGAGUUGGUCAGCCUGGCUUUCUCUCUGGGAAAAGACUGCAUUGUAAAUAGCAUAGUAAAUUAAAAAAAACAAUUUUAAUCAAA